AUGCACGACGCUAGAGACAGUUCUAUCGUUAGGAUCGUACUGCAGCUGGUGAUAUGUCUAUGGUUCUUUCUCUAUCGAUCUGUCCUUGCCCUGUCUUCUGGAGUUGUGGACAUUCCUCUCAUUGUUCGCUCACCCUACCUCAGCGCAUGGCAGCCCGUAAACGGGACAAGCAAGUCUCCCAUUGGAUGGCCCACUCGCCCAACACCUUCAAGUGUAUUAGGAUGGGCUGGUUAUGCUAGGGUAGAUGGAAAGGCAUACCGCUUGUUUGGAGAUUUCCCUAUCGCUACUCCGAAUACUGAGAUUGCAGAUAUAUCCGGAAUCAUCAUCACGCCAACUCGAACAAUAUUGACGAUUCCGGCUGGUCCUAUCACUUUCAAUAUCACAUUCUUUAGUCCCAUAGAGCCAGGUGACUGGGUUCGCCAGUCAAUCCCGUUCUCGUAUUUAUACCUCGAUGCUAUAUCGACGGACGGGGAGUCACAUUCUGUGCAGGUUUACACAGACAUCAGUGCAGAAUGGUGUAGUGGUAAUCGGGACUCUCCCGUUAAUUGGACCACCCUCGUCGACAGCGAUGUUCGUUUCGGGGUAUUCCUCACUGACCCUGAUGUCUUCAAUGAGACUCAGGGGCAAGCCGAGUGGGGUACUACCUAUUACGCUAUGCGUUUUCCCGACUCAAACGUGACGGUAACAUGGGAGUCCAACUCUGACGUAAAGAAUAGAGACGGGUUUUGCGCGAAUGGAACUUUGACAAACUCGAAAGACAACCCCUAUGGUCCAAUUAGGGAUGACUUUCCGGUGUUCGCAAUCGCAGUCGAUCUCCAGGACAUCACUCGUACAGUGGAUCCUGUAGUUUGGGCUAUUGGUCUUACACGCGAACCGGCCAUUGCGUUCAUAGAUCUAGAAGGAAAACAGCAGAAUCGAAGCCUUUAUUACAAAGCCAACUACUCCAGCGAUGACGAUCUGAUGAAUUUUUUCUUGGGCGACUUCUCUGGUGCCCUGUUCAGGGCCGAUGAGCUUGAUGCCAAAAUCAUCUCUGCUGCAAAUAGUGUCUCAUCAGAGUACUCAGACAUUUUAUCUCUCGGCUUGCGGCAGUGCCUUGGAGCAACAGAGCUGACAUUAGGGCAAAACUCGGAUGGGACGUUGAACUCUACGGAUGUGAUGAUGUUCAUGGAAGAUAUGGGUGGGGUGGCUCACAGUCGUGUGAAUGCGGUAGAAACGCUCUUUGAGAUGUUUCCUAUGAUAAUGUAUAUCGACCCUUCAUUGGGGCGUCCGAUUUUGGAACCUCUUUUCAAAUUCCAAAACAACUCGGCAUAUACUCAUCCCUUUUCGUCCUCGGAUAUUGGUCUAAGUUACCCAAAUGCUGACGCGACCACGGCUUCUUCGAUACUUAAAGAGUCUGCUAACAUGAUUAUCAUGUCUUAUGCAUACGCACGAACAACAGGGGAUGGAAAUCAGGCUAAUUCAUAUUACAUACUUCUCAAGACCUGGGCGGAUUAUUUGGUCAACAGCACACUAUAUCCUUCUAAUCAGUUCUCAAUCGACGGGAUUCCGAUUACGGCUAACCAAACAAACCUGGCUCUAAAGGGUAUCAUAGCCAUCAAAGCGAUGUCUGAGCUCAGUAGUGCUCUUGAGGUUCCUGAAGAUAGGGAGUUAUAUGCGAACAAGGCCGCAGACCUUUACUCGCAAUGGAAGGCUCUCGCUGUGGAUUCACCUACCUCGAGUCUCUUGGCCACGUACGGACAGUCAUCAUCAUGGACGUUAGGAGACAAUAUCUUCUUCGAUCUUUGGCUGCAGACAGGGCUAGUUGAGGAAUCUGUACGAAUUUCCUUGCGUCAUUUCCACUGUGGUUAUAAUUCUAGGAAACCAUCUUACCUUGUAUUAUUCCAUUUUAAGAUCCUAGAUGCGCAAACACAGCUGUACUCGACAUUGAUAGGGUCGGGGAGCUUUCAAUAUGGGCUUCCAGCGGACAGCUCGAGUCUGGAUCGCAUAGCCUCAGGUAUGUCCGGUCAUAGUUGUUACUUGAUUCAAAAGAACAGACAUAACAGUAUUAAUUUUCUAGGCUGGAAUCUGCGCGCUGCAGCCAUCAGCGCCAAUCAGACCAUUGCGCAAUCGCUUAUUUCCACCAUUCGUUCUCAUUCCCUCUCGCCGUCCAUCGGGGUUGGUCUUUUCUUUCCCACUGUUUAUAAUAUUACAUCUGGCGAAAGCUUCGGUGCCUCCAGGUAA